AUGGCCUCCAAGAGGUCCGACGAACGCCUUCGUCGAGAUGAGGCAUAUGAAGAGCCAACAGAGCGCAGUACCUUGCUGCCCAGAGAUGCCAACCCAUAUCUGAGUCCAGAUGACCCAGCUGUUUCGCCUUACAAUCUAUGGAGUGUGCGCGCCUUGCAUGGACUUGCCCUCGUUGGACUGGCAAUCACCUUUGUGUGGUGGACAUUUCUGCUAGUUUCGACUUUCGUUAGCCCACCGAAGAUCUAUUCUCGAGGCUCGGGCUUCCUCCCAUUUUCGUACACCAUGCUCGCAAAUGGAUAUCUACUCCUCGGUCUUUUGUUCUUUUCCGUCCCUUCAAAGGCAAUGACCGUUUGGAACAGUGUUCUAGCCGUAUUGAUGUUGGUCAAUAUGUGCAUCAUUUUGGCUGUCCCGCGCAUUCGUCUCGAAGAAGGCUGGAUCGGUAUCGCCUCCGUUGUCUGGAUCUCUAUUGUUGCUCUAUACGAAAUCAUGCAGAAUGGUGUGGUGGCUUGGGGUAAGCGUGAAGAGGAGGAACGACUUACAGGGCGCGAGGAAACUCGUCGUUCGGUACGAGAAUGGCUGGCUGUGACCAUCGAGAUGGUUGUUAUGGUCAUCAUGGCUAUUGUGGCUAUUCUCUUCACAGCGACUCUGAGUCUGCGUGCUGGCGACGCUGGUCUUGCUCCUCCUGGUCACCGCUAUAAUGUCCAUGGCAACACCUAUCAAGUCCACUUGGCUUGCGUUGGAAAUCGCACCGUGGAGAAUGAAAAUGAGCCUACGAUCUUGCUUGAAGGUGAUUAUGGGCCUGUGGAGCAUACCUUGCAACCUUUCAUUGACGACGUGUAUGCGCGUGGAAUCAUCGGCCGAUACUGCUACUGGGAUAGACCUGGAAUUGGGUUUUCAGAUAACGCGCCAUCUCCCCAUUCGGCCGGCAUGUCUGCAGAUGUGCUCUCGGAGGCACUGGCUCUGGCCAAUGAAACUGGACCUUGGAUUGUAGUUUCGGCCGGAGUCGGCAGUCUUCACUCUCGUAUCUUCGCUAGUCGCCAUCUUCUCCAAGUCAGUGGGAUUUUCUUGAUAGACCCACUCCAUGAGUAUUAUCUCGGAGAUAUUGGGCGAUCUGGUCGAGGAUUUGUGCUAUGGCUUCGUGGAGUGAUUUCUCCGCUUGGGCUCGAUCGCCUUACUGGGGCUCUUGUCAGAGGUCGUAACUCGAAAGAUCGUGUUAUUGGACGUUCUGCCCAUCAGUCUGACAAGUUUAUCAAGGCCAAGCUGCAGGAGAAUCUUGUGGCACUCACAAUGACACAAGCUGAGGUCCAGUCGGCUCGUCACAUCCAAUUAAGCGAUACUCCACUGGUUGUUGUGAGCUCUGGUACUGAGAUGAAAAAUUCUAAAUGGAGCGAAAAGCAGGAAGAUCUUACUAGCAUCACUAAUAAUCUUCUCGCCUGGGAUGUCGUUCAAGACGCUCCGCAUUCCGUAUGGGAAAGUCCUAAGGGUCGACAGGUUUUGGAAACACGGUUACGUGAUAUUGUUAAGGAUUCGAAGCGGUCUUACUGA